CAUCCCGACGUCACUUCCGCUUACAUUCGCCUAAAAAUCGGCAAACGCUUAUUUUGAUUAUUUCGUAGAAAGCGCUUUUUCAUUUGAACAGUACUGUUCGUGUUCUCCAUCAAUAUUAAAGUGCAGAGACGCCCCGUGUAAAGCACGGCUGUAUUAAUAGCCUCAGUUAUGAAGGGCCCCAGUGAGACAGAGGUGAUAGAAGAGAAUUCAACACCUGCUGAUCCAAACAAUGAAGAAAAUAUUCCUCCUUACCUGCAAGAUGAACCACCUGAUGACUUGGAGAAGGACCAUCCCAAGAAUGAAGCUGGCAUGGUCUGGAGAAUGACAGGUGGGCUAUUCAACUUCACCAAAGGAGCGGUGGGUGCCACCCUCGGAGGCGUGGCCUGGGUAGGCAGCAAGAGCUUUGAGCUUACCAAGACGGCUGUGACAAGUGUUCCCGCAGCUGGAGUGGGAUUGGUCAAAGGCGGUGUCUCCGUGGUAACGGGAGGGGUCGGGGCAGUGGGGUCUGCUGUGGCCGGUAAAGUUACACCAAAGAAAAAGGACAAGUCAGAUUAGAAUGGCUGCUCGCUUCCACCCUUUGUUGCUUGUCUGGGUUGUGUGUUCUCACUUUCAAUGGUUUUGGAGAGGUGGCAGGUUCAUUUAAACCAUGUGAAAAAACAGUAACUGGUUUACAUUGAUAUCUGACAAUAAAGAAUUUUGGAUGUUCAUCCAAAAAUGAAGUUCUGGCCAAUAUUCACCCUCUCUCAUGUUGUUUCAAACCUGAAUGAAUGAAUAUCUUUUUAACAUGGAACACAAAAGUCCCUAACAUUCUUCCCAAUGUCUCCUUUUAUGUUCAACGGAAGAAAGAAAGUCAUACAAAUUUGGAACAACAUUAGGGUUCUGAAAAUGUUGACCGAAUUUUCAUAUUUGUUUGAAUAAUCCCUUUUAAUGUAAAGAACUGCAAAACUGGUCUCACAUCAGUUCAACUUUGGCCGACAUUAAAAAGCUACUACUACGUUACAUGUGACGAUUGAGAUAUUAUUCCUUUUGUUUGCUAAUCAGUUUGUAUGUGUUUUGUGUAUUUUGAUUGUUUGUGCGUUGGCGGAAUUGUUUAUCUGUGUUAUCGGUGCAGGGGAAAAGUAGUUUUAGGACAAAGAGGGUUGACGUAAUAUCAAACAUGUUGAAAACAAUUCUCAUGAAUCUAAAAUAAAAUAAUACAUUUCACCUUCAUUACCAUGAAAUACAUUUUAUAUAGAUUCAGAGUCAGACAAAUUCUCUCUCACCUGAAACAGACUAAAUACUUGGUUACAUUUAAAUUUCUGCAAUAUCAAUUUAAAAUGGCAUAUGAUGUACACACAAAAUAAUGAAAAAUGAGAUUUCUGUAUUAAAAGUGUCAAUUCAAGCACACUUCACAGGUUCCUUCAAAAUGUGAGUUUGAUAUUUUUUCAACAAAAAAAAGUGUUAUUAUUUUUUUGUUUAAUUAAUUGAAAUAAUGUGAAACUAGAUUACUUCACGUUAUCAUGUGGGAUUUACUCAAAUAUUCUUUGAUUUGAGGUUGGCACAAUGCAAUGCAAAAUAAACUGUGUAUGAGUGACCAUAGAGUUUCUUUGAAAGAGAUUUCAGUGCACCACAAAAUGUGUUCAUUGAUUAGUCAUUUGGCUAUGUUACGUUCCUAGCGGAGGAUUGCAUGUUAUCAUUUAAAUCACAGUUACUGUAAGUGUACUGAAGUCUCUUAAGUGGUCUAAGUUCACACAUUCCAUUUCCUUGGCAUAGAUUAAAUUUUCUCCUUGACCAAAAUGCACCAUUAAUGGUGAAUUUCCAGUGUAAACACUCCAUUUUCUAAGACAAUGGUUUAAAACAUUAAAAUUCAAUCUGUUUCUAGGAAACGGGAGCCUGGAGUUUAAUUAUGAAAAUAAAUUAUUUGAAUCUAAAAGGAUGCUUGAGAGAUACAGGGAGGUAAACAAGCCUGACUAGAGAAACCAUUUUCUUCAGUACAUCUAUAACAGCUUUUUAGGAAGUUUGUAUUGCUCUAUCUCUCUAGAGCAUCAUUCGUAGCUCAUUUGAGAUGUCAUUUUGCUGGCCGUACAUGUGCCUGAAUGUCUUGGGAGUUGUAAGAGCUUGUGGUGGGGUGUUUAGUGUUUCAUAACCGUACAAAACAAUCACAUAUGUAUUUUCCACCCCCAGUUUACUGCUGUUUACAUCAUAAAACUGCCACAGUUGGAAAUGUGCAAAUCAAGUAUUUGUUUCAUUUGUUUCUGUUGCUUUUUUUUUUUCAUUGCUUAAAUGUUUGACUAAUUUUAUUUAUGCAAAAACCUCAUAUGGCAUAUUAUACUGUUGCAAUGCAUGCUUGAAGCUCUAGUUUUGCUCUGUUCAACAUGCUGUUCACCUUAAAUGUGACAAUGUAUAUGAAAUAUGCUUUGUCCUGUUUUUGUCCUGCUAUCUACAAUCUUUCUGGUAGGUACCCAUGUCUUGAAGAUGCUGUUACUAUAAACUGGACUUUUAAGACCAAGUCGAUUUUGUCUAUAAUAGAACUAUUUUUGCUAAAUUGAUGCUGUAUUCUACAAA